UAAAGGUUUGUCCAUUAAUAUUGCCCUUUUUCAUGAAGGGGUACAAACUUAAUCCCCAAAAGACAUAAAGGACAAUUUAAGAGACUUAAUGUUAUUUAAAAGUUGUUUUGAAAGUUUCCCAAAUUAAGCUCUGUGUGAGAGAGAUGGUUUGAGUUUUUGUAAUGAAAAUAUAUUGUCUUGUUUCAGGUUUCUCAGUCACUUGAACUGGUCGGGAUGGACUUAAUUGGAAAACUAACAACCACAACAAAAGGGAACCAGUAUAUCUGUGUUAUGGUGGACUACUUCACUAAGUGGUCGGAGGCUUAUCCGUUAAAAACCAAGUCUGCCAAGGAGGUCACUGAGUGUAUCCUCAAAUUUGUUUAUCGGUCUGGAGCCCCCAAGAGGAUACAAACUAAUGGGCUGGUUGAAAGGAUGAAUUUGGCAGUUCAGAGGUGAGUCAUUUCUUUUCUUUUCUGCUCACAAACCAUCAAAUAAUUAUCUACUACAAUUUCGUGCACAUUGACUUGUGCAAAGAUCUAGCAUAUGAGAAACUGAUUCUGAUACUAAAUCAUUAAAAACUUCUCAAUCCUAGAGCCUUGAGUAAAGUGAUUGGAGGUCAUCCAGAAAAAUGGGAUGACUUUCUGGAACCAGUCAUGUUUGGUCUGCGGACAAAAAAACAGAUGACCACAAAGUACUCCCCUUACUACAUUAUGUUUGGGAGAGAGGCUCGAUAUCCCUCUGAAAUUCCCCAGGAGGUUGAGAUUGACAGCAGCAUAGAGGAUGCAGUGGCAUCAGAGAAGUUAGCGCAGGACAUUGUGGAGCAGAUACUACUCUUUGAGAAAGUCAGAAAACAUCUUGAUGAGGGAGAUGAAAAAACCAGAAACAAAAAUAAGUCUGACAGCAAAAUAGUUUUCAAAGUUGGGGAGAAAGUAUGGAGACAAAAUCUCAGAAGCCAACAAAGAAAAGGGGGGAAGCUGGAAAGAAGCUACUUUGGCCCUUAUUUCAUCACAGCAAUAAAAGGAAAAAGUGCUGAUCUGCGAGAUGAGAAAGGGAUUGUAUUUAACAAAAUUAGUACUGAUCAGCUCAAGUUAGCUGUUGAGAGCACACCCAGGGUGCCCGGUGCCCACAAUCAUCUGCAACCAAGACAUACUAUCCCUGCAGCUCCACCACAGCCUUCAAAUGCUUGUUCUGAGCCAGCAGCAGAAGCUGUAACACCAGCUGCAGUGACUCCACCAAAGCCUUCAAAUGCAUUUUCAAAGCCAGCAGCAGAAGCUGUAACAUCAGCUGCAGUGACUCCUCCAAAGCCUUCGAAUGCAUGUUCAAAGCCAGCAGAAGAAGCUGUAACACCAGCUCCAGUGACUCCACCAAAGCCUUCAAAUGCAUUUUCAAAGCCAGCAGCAGAAGCUGUCACACCAGCUCCAUUGAUUCCACCACAGCCUUCAAAUGCAUGUUCAAAGCCAGCAGCAGAAGCUGUCACACCAGCUCCAGUGAUUCCACCACAGCCUUCAAAUGCAUGUUCAAAGCCAGCAGCAGAAGCUGUCACACCAGCUCCAGUGAUUCCACCACAGCCUUCAAAUACAUGUUCUGAGCAAACAUACACAACAGCUGUUUUUGAGAAAUGUAAGAAUGUUUUUGGCUCUGAUUUAUAA